AUGAGACUGUUGCUUAGCAAGAGCAACAAGGAACUGAGGCACUUAGUUGAAAAGGGUGCUGAGGCUCACAGGAUCGAUACCACUCGAAGUUGGAUCGACAAGCUAUCAAUGGAAAUUGAGAUAGCAAUUCUGGUUGUCACAACGGUUUCGAAGAAGAUUGAUGCAGUUCGGGAUGAAGAACUGUGGCCACAAGUCACUGAACUUGUUCUAGGUUUGGUGAGAAUGUGGAGCCUUUUGCUUGAGUGUCAUCAAGUGCAUUGCCAAGCGAUUGCCGAAGUCAAAGGACUUGAUUUCAUCGUCUCGAGUGGAAAGCUUAGCAGUGCCAAUGCUGAUGAAAUACUGCAGUUGGAAAUGGAGAUGCAUAAGUGGAGUAGCAACUUGUCGGCAUGGAUUAAUGCCCAGAGGAACUUUGCCAAAGCCUUGAAUGGUUGGCUCCUACUUUGUCUUCCUCAUGAGCAUGCUGAAAAUGCUCCCUCUCCAACCAGAAUUGGCGCGCCGCCUGUUUUUGUCAUCUGCAACUACUGGUCACAGGCCAUGGACAGGGCUUCCGAGUGCGAGGUGAUCGACUCCUUGCUGACCUUUGCCGAUUCAUUGCACCAGCUGUGGGAGCGGCUGGCUGUAGAUCAGAAUGAUCGGAUGAUUGCUGUCAGAGAUAGAGAGAAAUUGCUUAGGGUCAUUGAGAAAAAGAGAAGGGCAAUGCACAAGGAAGUGAAAUCUCUAAGGAAGAAACUUGCAUUAGUCCCUGGUCAGAUCACCACACCACCUCAUCGAAAGCCUGAUGAUGGUCAUAAUACUACUGCAGAAGUAGUAGGUAGUCUGGAAUCAGGAUUGAAGAAUGUCUUUGAAGCCAUGGAACACUUCUCAGCUAGUUCAGUGAAAGCUUAUGGCGAGCUGCUUGAGCUUUGUGGAGAGCAGAAGACAGACUCAGCACAAAAUUCCCAUUGGAAUUUGAUAUAG